GUGACGCCGACGCCGACGGCCAACCUCACCCGCCAACCCGCCCACUCCGUCCGCCCAUGCCGCCACGCCUGCGCGGCGCGCGUCGGCUUUGCCUCGUCCGCCGCGCUCCUCGACCCCGCCGUCAAUCAGCACCACGCCUUGUCCCGUGCCGCCGGCGCCGCUCCACACCGCGCGGAGGGAUGGCGUCCACGGCUUGCUCUCUUCCCCACGGCCACUCGCCCCGCGGCCCAUAUAGCAGCCGCUCCCUCCGUUUCUCGCCCGUCGGCCCCGCCUGCUCUUCUUCCAGUGGAAGCGGCACCCCGUCAGGUGGUUUGUUCGGUCUGAUUGGGUAGUUCGGCAUACGAAUAAAUAUUCGGUCAGGCAGUUCCAGUUAAGCACCGAGAUCGGGAGGUUUCAGUCUUUCAUCUAAGCUACUGGAUCGACUGGCAUCGCAAUAGGCACGCACCAGUUACAGUGCGUGAUAAUUCUGGUGGUUCUCGAACCAUUUGGCAUCCAAGCAAAAUGCAUCCUUAAUCGAUCAGGGAAGUAAAGUCCAAUUUAUGAAUUUGAAUCGGAUCACACAUCAAAUUGGUCUUAGCUUAAAACAAGAAGGUGGCUUCAUUUCUAUGAUUCUAUCUGAUUUUUUGAACAGUUUACUGUCCAAAUUUAAAUGAAGUCGCAUUCCCUUGUUUAAAUAUUUUUCACAUGCUUUAUUUAAGUGUAUAUUGGAACUCAUCACUAAACGAUUUUUUCAGGAUUGAAAUCUGCCAGAAACCUAUAUUUGCGUACAGUAUCAAGGGGAAGCCCUGUUUCAUGUUCAUUAAUGGAUACAUCCAAAAGCAAGCAAGGUCCAGAUCAUCUCCUUGUUCUUGUCCAUGGUAUCAUGGCAAGCCCCAAAGACUGGACAUAUGGGGAAGCAGUGCUGAAGAGACGGCUGGGUGAUAAUUUUUUCAUCUAUGCUAGUUCAUCGAACGUCUACACCAAAACGUUUGAUGGGAUUGAUAUAGCUGGAAGAAGGUUAGCAGAUGAAGUCUUGGAUGUGGUUAAGAAGAUGUCCAGCUUGAGAAAGAUUUCCUUCCUAGCACAUUCAUUGGGUGGUCUCUUUGCUAGAUAUGCUAUUGCACUACUCUAUUCACUGGAAGCAAAGAAUGAAGGACAGAGUAGUGCACAAAUUGUUCCUGCAGCAAGAGGAUCUGCAAAAUCACGAUGCACUUCAGGAUUAGGUGCAGUUGCUGGACUAGAGCCAAUAAAUUUUAUUACCUUGGCUACCCCACAUCUUGGGGUUAGAGGGAGAAAUCAGCUUCCGUUUCUUCAAGGGCUAUCGAUUCUAGAAAAACUUGCUGCACCUUUGGCUCCUUUAAUUGUUGGGCGCACUGGUGCUCAACUCUUUCUCACUGAUGGUGAUCCUAGCAAGCCACCUCUUCUGUUACAAAUGGCAUCUGACUGUGAGGACAAAAAGUUCAUACUAGCAUUAGCAGCUUUUAAGAACCGCGUUCUGUAUGCUAAUGUUUCAUAUGACCACAUGGUCGGCUGGCGAACAUCUUCAAUAAGGAGAGAAAAGGAUCUUGUAAAGCCCUCCCAUCGUUCACUGGAUGGCUAUAAGCACAUUGUGAAUGUUGAGUACUGUUCGCCCGUAUCACCAGAGGGACCCCAUUUUCCUUCCAAGGCUGCCAGGGCUAAACAAGCUGCACAACAAACUCCAAACACAGAAAAUACCGAGGAAUACCACCAAAUGAUGGAGGAGGAGAUGACCCAUGGGUUGCAGAAGGUUGGUUGGAAGAAGGUGGACGUCAGCUUCCAUUCAUCGUUCUGGCCUUACCUUGCUCACAACAACAUACAUGUCAAGAACGAGUGGCUUCACAACGCUGGUGCUGGUGUUAUCGCACACGUCGCAGACAGUAUCAAGCAGCAGGAGUCACGGCCAUGUCUUCCUGCGAAUCUAUAGCGUUAGCAUUUUAGCAUCCUAUUUGCUGGCAUUUUCUGUGACUAGUCAACCCACGGCCAGCUUUCUAUUCACUGAGCAGCGAGAUAUUUGAUAUUUGGGCAUCAGUGUUUUGCCGUGUGUUCAUAUGUUUUGCACACGCCAGUGGUGUAGCAGCAGGUCCUCGUGAAACAGUGAUGCUUUCAGGGUCGAUACGUGAUAAACCAAAAUUUCAUAUGA